CGAAACCAAUGUCGUCGCCGGACAACCUCGACGACUACUCGCCCUCCGCCACCACCGCCGUCUUCCCCCGCCCCCUCCCUCUCCUCCGGGGGCCCCUGCCCGCCGCUCCGACCGACGACCCCUCCUCGGGUCCCUUCGUCCUCGCCUUCCGCGGUCUCGAUUCUUGGUCCGCCGCCCUCGCGUCCUCCAAGUCCAAGAUCCUCGAGCAGUGCGAGGAGGGCGCCAGGAUCGGCUGCGCGGUCGCCGCAUCGCGGGGCUGCGCGCCACCGUGGUGGGCCCCGCUCGCCGGCCGGAAGGCCGACCUGAAGCGGAGGGAGGAGUGCGAGGCGCGCGAGAUGGAGUCCUGCCUCGUCGCGGCGAAGGAGAAGUGCGCUGGCUUCGCGGUGGACAAGUGCUCGAAGCCGUUCAUGGACGCGAGGGUGGCCGUGGUUGGCGAGAGGGAUGCGAGCGAGAGGGCGGUGGUGAGGCGGUUGAUCUCGCGAUCUUGUUUGGCUGGUAAGAGUGAAAGUUUCGAUUUGGGAUGGUUUGACGAGUUGGGUUUGGACGAUUUGGUGAAAUGUGGACGUGGCGGUGUGAGUUAUGUGAAGGCUAGUGAACUGGUGGCGAGGAAGACUGAUUUUAGUGGUAAUGAUUGAGUUCUUGAUCUUGUCGGUUCAAUGAGGGCAUUGCUAGUGCUAGUUGAGGUUUCGAUUUUGAGUGCUGGAAUGUGAUUGUGCGGACGUAAGAGAUUUUCCAGGCGGAAGUCGAUGUUGAGCUUGGAUUGUGGAGACUUCAAGAAAGUGCAGUUUGGUUCGGACGAGGGUGUUUGAGAUCAUCCAGAUUAUCAAUGGCCAUGAGCCAGAUAUGGAACUCCAUCCUGUAACCGGAGAAUUUUCUCGUUGUUACUUGUCCUUAGCCUUUCCUUCGACGCCAUGGUCUAAAGAUUUAAGUUGUCACGCUCGCGGUUUUGGCACGGGCUAGGCUGCUGCUUCAAUGGGGCCAACUGUCAAUCCACAUUUAACUCGACUCUCAGACCGUGCAAGUUCAACUUCAAGAUCGUUUAGCACUCACUGCAGCUAAUAAAUGACGAUGGGUUUUACCUUUUGGACGAUGGUAGAUGUGAUAACGAUUGAUCUAUAAAGUUGGUAUAUUGGACGAAAUGGCAAGUUAUUGGAUGUUAAAUAUGAUCGACUUGUUUAAAGGCUUAAUUAUAGUUCGCCAUAUUAUUUAG